UGUGUGCGUGCGUGUGUGUGUGUGUGUGUGUGUGUAGGAAGAGGCGUUCGCUCUCUUAGACUUUGCUUCUUUCUGUGGUUUGGUUUCUAUAGAGACACUUCCUGUGGCAGAGAAAAGAGGUAGUGAGCUGGUGUUUCAGGAUGUGAGGGCCCGCAGGAGAAGACGGGCUCACUCUGCUGCCUGCCCACCAUCGUGCACUCUCUGGCCGGCUCUACCCACAGUCCCCAUGGUGGGCUGCCCCCACGGCGGGGACCCGUGAUCAGCAGCGGCAUGCCAGGGAAACCCAAGCACCUGGGUGUCCCCAACGGGCGCAUGGUUCUGGCUGUUUCAGAUGGAGAGCUGAGCAGCACGGCAGGGUCCCAGGGCCAGGGCGAGGGCCGAGGCAGCUCCCUCAGCAUCCACAGUCUCCCCAGUGGCCCCAGCGGCCCCUUCCCCUCUGAGGAGCAGCCUGUAGCCAGCUGGGCCCUGUCCUUUGAGCGGCUGCUGCAAGACCCCCUGGGCCUAGCUUACUUCACUGAGUUCCUGAAGAAGGAGUUCAGCGCGGAGAAUGUGACUUUCUGGAAGGCCUGUGAGCGCUUCCAGCAAAUCCCAGCCAGCGACACAGAACAGCUAGCUCAGGAGGCCCGCAACAUCUACCAGGAGUUCCUGUCCAGCCAGGCGCUGAGCCCGGUGAAUAUCGACCGACAGGCCUGGCUGGGAGAGGAGGUGCUGACCCAGCCCCGGCCCGAUAUGUUUCGGGCACAGCAGCUUCAGAUCUUCAACUUGAUGAAGUUCGACAGCUACGCGCGCUUCGUCAAAUCCCCGCUGUACCGAGAGUGCCUCCUGGCCGAGGCCGAGGGGCGCCCCUUGAGGGAACCUGGCUCCUCGAGCGUGGGCAGCCCUGACGCCACGAGGAAGAAGCCGAAGCUGAAGCCUGGGAAGUCGCUGCCCCUGGGCGUGGAGGAAUUGGGGCAGCUGCCCCUGUCUGAAGGUCUCGGAGGCCGCUCACUCCGCAAAUCCUUCCGCAGAGAGCUGGAUGGCAGGGCCACAAACAUGGCCUUACGCCGAGAAUCACAGGGCUCCCUCAAUUCUUCGGCCAGUCUGGACCUUGGUUUCCUUGCUUUCGUCAGCAACAAAUCUGAGUAUCAGAGCCACCGAAAGAGCCUCGGGAGCACUGAAGGUGAGAGUGAAACCAGGCCAGGGAAGUACUGCUGCGUGUACCUGCCCGAUGGUACAGCUUCCUUGGCUCUGGCUCGACCUGGUCUCACCAUCCGUGAGAUGCUGGCAAGCAUCUGUGAGAAACGAGGCCUCUCUCUACCUGACAUCAAAGUCUACCUGGUGGGCAGUGAGCAGAAGCCCCUGGUCCUGGAUCAGGAUUGUACUGUGCUGGCGGACCAGGAAGUUCGGCUGGAGAACAGGAUCACCUUCGACCCAGGGGUCCUGUGCAGGCUUGAGUUGGCGGUGCUGGAACGCGUGGUACAGAUCUCUGCAAAGCCCACCAAGCGGCUGCAGGAAGCGCUGCAGCCCAUUCUGGCAAAGCACGGCCUGAGCUUGGAACAGGUGGCUCUACACCGGGUAAGCCAAGGGACAGCUGACCAGGGUGGGUGCUGGGUGGUGGGGAGCGGAUUACCUGUCCCACAGGCUGCUGACCUCUCCCCGAAGCCAGGUGAGAAGCAGCUGCUGGAUCUAGAGAAGCUAGUGAGCUCGGUGGCCACCCAGAGACUGGUUUUGGACACUCCUCCAGGUGCAAAGAUCUGUGAAGCCAGCAACAUGUCCCCCUGCUCCAGCCAGGGAUGGCCUCCUAGGAUCCAGGACAAAGCCACUCAUAUCUCUACACAGCCCUCCAGUUCUCUGUUGGAGGUGCCCAGUACUGCCACUGGGAAACGGCAGACUUGUGACAUUGAAGACAGGGGAGCCAGGACCCUACACAGGGAGGGGAAGCAGGGAGGACCUUCCAGAAAGAGGGCCCCCAGCCAAUGAGGAGAGAAGCCAAACUUGUCCCAACCCUGAGGUAAGUGCUGCCACAGUGACCUCCAGAGAACCUUACCUGAGAGGUGAGGGAGAACCCUUCCUGCCUCAAACAGUGCAGGCUACACCUGCUGACCCCUCUACCAGGUACUCCUCUACCCUCUAUCUUCCCACCCUACUGCUUCCUCUUCCUCUUCAGAAUUGGUGGGAUAGAUCGGUGAGGUUUGGUCCACCUUGCCAUCCUCUUCCAGCUUCUGCCUUCUGCCCCCUUAGCCCAUUUUAUUUGGCUGGGGGCAUAAACUUCUAGGUGGGCCUAUGAUCCAAGCCUGUCCAGUCAGAUACUCCAUUUUCCUAGCCAAUCAGAGUUUGAUUCCAGAUGUUCCUCAGAUUCCAGUUGUUCCAAUCAGAAUUCCAGUCCUGGUCUUUUUUUGCUCUCUCUUUGGGAUUUGUACAAAGGACCUUCAGGAAGAGAACCUGCAUGAGAAUGAAGCCUGCCCAGGAUAGCAGGACUGAGAGGUGGAAGGAGAUUCCUGGCAAUGUUCACUCAUGCCUAAAAUCAACCACUUGUAGACUGUCUCCUUAGCCAAACAAAUACACUUUCUGGGCACGUGUAUUUGUUUCUAAGACCUGAAACCACAAGAGCCCUGCUUCACUGACCACCUCAGCAGUCUCAAAUGGUCUCAUCGAAGCAUGCAGGGACAACAGGUCAUCAGGCAUCCUAACAGGGAAUUGCAUAGCACUAGGAUUGCUGUGUGAGGCCUGGAGUGAGAGGAGGGAAACAGUCAUGUCCUUUCUCUGACCAGCUACGGAACUUCCUUCAGACUUCCUGGGACCUGGGACUUCUGCCCUGUGGAAGGACACACCCUUCUACCUGCCUCAGAAUAGAUGAGUGGGGGCAGCAAGUGAGAGACGGGCCAUCUUCCUGACAUUGGCAGGCAGAUCCUGCAGGCCAAACCCAGCCCUCACCCAUCCCUGUACCUCUGUGGGCCCAACAAUGAUGCCUGUUACCCUGACGGACCAAAGGGGUUGUUUCAUGGGAAAAGGGGGUCAAGGCCAGGUGAAGAGCCUCAUGGAAGUCAGCUCCUGCAGGGGAGGAACUCACAUUUACUGAGUUCUCCAAGAUAGAUGUGACCCAUCCUUUAUCUCAUCUUCAUCUUCGCAACAAACAAGCCAGUGGGAUGAAAGCAGGUUUGCAGGAGGGGAAGUGGCUGGCUCAGGGUAAUGCACGGAUGUUUCUGUGGAGCUUUGCCAGUACUCAGCUGCCUGAUGCAGGGACAUACUCCAGGGAGGGCCUGUGUGAAUAGAAACCUGGGUGAGGACCCAGCGUCCUCUUGGGGGGGGGUACAUUGAUAUGGCUACUUUUUUUUCUUUUUUUGGUACCAAGGAUUGAUUGAACUUGGGACCUUGCCCUUUCGAGGCAGGCGGUGGAACCACGGAGCUAAAUCCCCAUCCCAAAAUGACUACUUUUUGUGUGGAGUGGGGCAGUUCAGGAGUUUUUGCUAAAAAUUUAAAUCAGCAUGUGACCCUAGGGAAUCCCACUAGAGAAUCACUCACUCCAGGGAUGUGGAGGCCUGGCCCCAAAGGUUAUGUGUUACCUGAAAACUGGCAAACAACCACAUGUGGACAGGAUUUCGGGAUAAUACACACUGAGACAUGUCCAUGCUCUGCAAUACCACACAGCAGAAAAAGAAUUGGGUACAGCAGGUCCUUAUGUGGAAAAUUCUCCAAGACGUGUUAGUGCUCAGUGAAACAAAGCAGAGGUGUGUCUAUGGCGUGAUACCUGUUGUGAUCUGUUUUCUGUUGCUAUAACUGAAUACCACAGACUGGGUAAUUUAUAAAGAAUAAAGAUUUAUUGGGCUGUGGGUAUAGCUCAGCAUAUUCAUGGCCCUAAGUUCAGUCUCCAGCACCAAAAACUAAAUAAAUGAAAUAAAAAUGCAGGUUUAUUUUGCUCACAGUUCUGGAGGCUGAGAAGUCUAAGAGCAUGUUGCCAGCCCCUGGUAAAGGCCUUUAUAACAUGGCAGAGAUAAGGAGCUAGCCAGAGAGCUUAUUUUAUAAUAAAGCCAUUCCCCAAAUAACGCAUCGAUCCAUAAAUCCAUGAAUGGACUGAUUCACAAGGGCAGAUCCCAAAGGUCUCAUCUCUCAACAUUGCUAUACUGAGGACCAAGUUCCCAACAGUGACCUUUCAGGAGACACAUUCAAACCAUAGUUAUAAUUUCAUGGGGCCAGGGAUGUGGCUCUGGCACUGUGCCUGCCUGGCAAGCGCAAGGUCCUGAGCUCAAUUCCCAGUACCGGAAAUAAAUAAAUAACUUCAUAAAUCACAAAUGCAUGGGCACUUACAAAUGUACAGAAAGGAGAAAGAAAGUUCUACAAGUAUAUACAGUAUACCAAACUGACCAGGAGAUGGGGAGGGGACAAGGAUUGGGUAUAGUGGUCAAAGGAAACUUUUGCCUUAGCCUUAGUUUUUUUCUUCUUCUAA